AAGUUCCGAGGUCCUCUAAGUCAUUUGUCUUAACGGUAUAGACGGCACGGGAAGAGAAAGACCCGCCGGUGGAGAAAAACCCUAAUCCCCCAAAUUCGACCAUGUUCAUGGUUAGAUUGAAAUUCGCAUCGAUUUCUCAUAAUUUCAGUACGGUGGCGGCGAAACAUAGAAGAGUACCGUCCAAGUACAAGUCUCUAGCCAUCGGAAAAGCCCAGCAAGCCAUUACAGACUAUCUCCACACCACCAGGUCUCUCUCCUACACUCACGCAGAACAAAUUGCCUCAAACGCCUCGGUUUCGAUUCGAAACCUCAUCCUGAAACUCGAUUUCUCUGUUCCUACCUUCUCCAAAUCGCUUCGGAAGCAUCUCAGUUACCAUCCUAUUAACGAAUUCGAGUUUUUCUUCGAGAGCAUUGGCAUUGAUUACAGCGAGGUUAGUGAGUUUUUGCCUGAGAAGAAAUUCUUCUUCUCUGAGGAUCGGACUGUGUUGGAUGCAGCUUGUGCAUUAUCUGGAUUUGGGUUUCCUUGGAACAAGCUUGGUAAGUUGUAUAAAGAGGAAAGGUUGGUUUUUGUGCAGAGUCCUGUAGAGAUUGAAUCCAGGCUGCUUAAGUUUAAAGAUUUAGGAUUCAGCACAGUCUCGGUGAUUGGUACUUGUUUAGCGAUUCCUCGUGCUCUGUGUGGAGGUGGUGAACUGGGUUCGGAGAUACGUUGUUUGUUUGUUAAGCUGAAGAGACUUUUUGAUGAAAUUGAUUCACAGCAUCUUUGUGAAGAAAAUGUGGAUUCUUGGCUCGCCGUUAGUAGGAAAAUUAGGGUCUUUUACGAUUUGGGUUGUGAGAAUGAAGAGAUGUGGGAGUUGAUGGGUAGAAAUAAAUCACUUUUUCUGGAAUAUUCUGAAGAAGCUCUGGUGAAAAAGGCGGAAUAUUUUUGUAGGUUUGGUGUUAGGAAAGAAGAUGUUGCUCUUUUGAUUCUUCGAAAUCCCGCUAUUAUGAAUUUUGAUCUAGAGAAACCUGUGAUCUCUGUUACAGGAAUGCUUAAGCAUUUUGGCUUGAGCCAGGAUGAAGUGGAUGCUGUUGCUCAGAAGUACCCGUAUGUUUUGGGUAGAAACAAAUUGAAGAAUCUGCCUUAUGUGCUUAGAGCAAUAGAUUUACAUGAGAGGAUCUUUGAUAUAUUGAAGAAUGGGAACCAUCAUUUACUCGCUAGCUAUUCGGUUAUGGAUCCUGAUGAAGACUUUGACAGAGAGUAUCAAGAAGGCUUGGAGGAGCUUCAAAACUUAAGAACCAAAACACACAAUAUUCAAAAACUGGAUUUCCUUCAUGAAAUAGGGUUUGGCGAAAACGGCAUGACUAUGAAGGUACUACAACAUGUCCAUGGUACGGCCGUAGAACUACAAGACCGAUUCCAAAUCUUACUAAACAGUGGCAUCAUUUUCUCAAAGAUAUGCAUGUUGAUAAGAUCAGCACCAAAGAUCUUAAACCAGAAACCGCAUAGCAUACAAGAUAAGCUAAGGUUCCUCUGUGGCGAGAUGGGAGAUUCUUUGGCCUACCUAGAUGUUUUCCCAGCUUAUCUAUGUUUUGACCUGGAGAACAGAAUCAAUCCAAGGUUUAGAUUCCAUAAGUGGCUUGUGGAGAAAGGGUUGAGCGAGAAAAGCUAUUCAAUCGCAAGCAUUGUAGCUACGAGCGAAAAGGCCUUCAUAGCUCGUCUAUAUGGGAUUCAUCCAGCAAUCCCGAAACAUUGGUUUGAACGCUUCGCCAACAGAAAAACCAGAGCCACUAUGUUCCGUCAAUCCAUGGCGUUUCCUCCACCGACCCAUGGUUCUGAUGCACCGCCGCCGCCACAGCCGCCGUCGGUGGUGAACGGGAGUGAAACUUCUAGACGGCAGCAACAUAUUGCAGCAGCUUCUUCUUCUCCGGUGAAAUCCCAUCCGCUUCAUAACUUCCCUUUGUCUGAUCUCAGAUGGGCUAUGAAUCACGCCAACACACAUCGGCUCCGCAAAGCAUCGAGUAGAUCUCCACUUCGUGAAGCUAAUCAUGGGAAAGGGAAUCUGGUGAUUGAGGAGGUGAACGAAGCUUCAGGUUCUUCGUUUGAAUUGAGACCGGAGAAAAAGAAGGGAAACAACGCGGCUGGUGUUAGCGAUUCCGCCGCAGAUCGAUCCGCGACGAAGUCAACGACGCCGGACGGUAGAUCGAAGAUCUUUAUACGGAUCCGCACGAAGAACAACGAAGAAACAGCUGAUAUUGCCAACUCCGUCGUCGCCGCCGCUGUCCAAGUGACUGAUGAUUCAGCUGGUCCGGCGAUCGAUGCUGAAGGUGAACGGAUCUCCGAUGGUGGUGGUCAGGAAGCAGACGAGUUUGGUCCGAAGACUUGGAAUCUGAGGCCGAGGAGACCACCGCCGACGAAGAAGCGUUCAAUUGGACACGGCGGUGGGAUAUUGAAGAGCUGUAACGGUGCUUUACCGGAGAACAAAUCUCUGGGAACGGUUAGAACAGAGUCAAUUCGAUCCAGGAACGGUGUAGAUGCUAAGAUGGCGACGACGGAAAGAAAGGAGAAGAAACCGAGGUUAAUGAUUUCGCUCUCAAAGUUGGAGAUAGAUGAGGAUAUCUACGCGUUGACUGGAUCAAAACCUAGUAGAAGACCAAAGAAGAGAGCUAAGAACGUGCAGAAGCAGCUCGAUGUUCUUUUCCCUGGUUUGUGGAUGGGUAACGUUUCUUCAGACGCUUACAAGGUCUCAGAACAUGCUUGAAAGGAUUGAAUGAGAAUGAUGUGAAGUUAAUCUUGUUGAAUUGGCUUGGACUGAAAUCAGAUAGGGGCGUCGAAGAAGCUUCUUCCAGUGAUUGAGGUAUAAAAGGUAGUGAUUCAAUGUUGUUUGUCAUUUUGACUCAGACUUUCUCCUUGGUGAUCCUUAUUGUUUUUUUGCAUGCAACAAUACUGUAAGUUCAUGAGUGCAAGUGUGAAAUUGAUUUCCCUGAAGAAGAGUUUUAGAUUUGCUUGCUUGGACGAUAUGUGAUGUGGCUACUAUUUGGUGUCUUAGAUUUCAGAUAGUUAAGAAUAAACUUCCUAUCUUCAA